GCGAAUUGGCCAAUCUGAUUGGUGGUGCACCUGAUUGGUCCAGACCACUAGUGACCUCACAGGCUCAGUUCCAUGCACGUUGACCAAGCCUCUCGACUUGCGGAUCAAAAACAAUCGGCACAGUUUGGCAUCAUCUCAAUCGAGGCUUUGUCUAGAAAACCUCUUCCGAUGCAACGCCGAGCUCUCCUCGGGCUCUUAACAGUCAGACAGCCAUUCUCUACAAUGGCCUCGCAAAGUCCACUCCAGGACGCUAUCAGGGAGAAGAUCACCGCUGCCUUGCAGCCGUCCCGGUUAGAGAUCCACAACGACUCACAUCUCCACGCACAUCAUGCACCCAUGGCAGGAAACACCUCGAGCGAGACACAUUUCCGAGUGGUCAUUACAUCCGAGGCAUUCAAGUCCAAAAUGCAGGCCGCUCGGCAUCGCAUGAUAUAUUCCUUGCUCAAAGAUGAGAUGGCCCGUGAAGGCGGCAUACAUGCACUUCAGCUGCGUACGAUGACGCCAGAGGAGGAGGAGAGGAGGAAGGCUUUGGAGACCGCAGGGUGAGGAGCUAGGAGGGAGAAACUUAGGGUUUGGGGCUGCAUUGAAAUCGAGGGAGCUGCCACAGGCUGCGCGGGACAUUAUGACGUCUCAUAGUUCAGCGCAGGGGAGCAAUAAGGGGGGGGAAGAUGCCCUCUCAGAUGAGUAACCAAACAGAGUACGAA